AUGUCGAAGCUUUCAGGGCGAAAAGUGACAAUUAAUCAUAGCGAACCUAAGGAAAAUUAUAGUGAACCUCAAAGAAAAAGUGUCUUUCUACGCCUAGGAACAUACAAAAAUUUAGAAGGCCACUGUCGAUACUGGGUUAAACUUGGACACUGUAACUUAAGACAUAAUUGUCCAUUUCUGCAUGACAAAAUGCAUCGUGGAAAAUUUAAACAAAACCAUCAGAGGAAUGAAGUCAGGGAUGAUUCAUCGAAAGAUAAAUUUGAUGCAGAUAGGCAUGUUUGGACGUCAAAAGAAUCAAGUAAUUCAAGGCAAACGCAUUCAGAAUAUAGAAGGAGUAAUAGUCAAGAUUCGUCAUCCAGGCAAAAUAAGAGAAUUAGGAGAGAAAGUGAUAGUGAUUACUAUGAUAAAGAAGACGAAAGAAGACUUUUGAAAAGACGAGAAGAAAUUAAUAAUGAGCUUAAGGAACUGAGCGAGAUUCAAGAUGUUGAUAAAUUUGAUGACCUAAGUGAAAAUUUGUCCGACGAAGGUUCUGAUAAUGUUGCACCGUUCUAUGAGCAGACUGGAGAAGGUUUGGAAAUAGAGUUUAACAAUUGCAGUGAAGAUGCAAACUUUAAGGUGACAGUUUCAAAUAGUAAAUCUUCCGAUACGACCUUACAUCGUAUAAAUGAUAAACGACAGUUUAACAAUGACUUGGUGAACCAGCAAAAUAAAGUAUACGUUGACGGCCAAGAAGAUAUUUCAGAUGAAGAUAAUAGUGAAAAUAUGGCAAAGUUACAAAGUAGCAGUGAUAUCACCACUUCUAGAAGUAGUGUUAGCUACGACAGAUCAAUGUCUAUGAAAGAAAGUGACCCAGUCAAGAAUGUCAGUUAUAAUAUAGACUGUUCGUCAUUUAGUCCUCGUCGAGAACCUAGUGGACCUUCCUUUUCUAAUAACGAUAUAUUUAGUGAUGUAAGUGAUGACGAUACAGACGGUGUUACCGAUACAAAUGCUAGUUGUUCAUCGAAGCAAGAUAAGCGUAGUAAGUUACUUUACGACGAUAUUAGUGAUGAAGAUUUAGACCCUACGACAAAUAAUGAUGAUGAUCAAUUAAGUACGAGUAGUGAGGAUGUCGUAGAUCAUACUAGUAUUGGGAAAAGUCCUUCACAGCGAGUAACCAUGAAGAAUUCCAACGAACGAUUAGCAGGGAAUUAUGCCAGUAAGUCUGAAACUAUUGAUCAAUACAGUAAUUAA